GCACUUUCGUUCGGACAGGAGGUCGAACUGAUCUGGGGUCAACGCUGGUCCCUAAUGACAGUUCUGUAUCUCGGUAUGCGCUACCUUGGAAUCUUAUGUAAUGCUAUCACUGUGUGGAGCUGUCUUCCAACCAUCUCACUAACAGAUACGGGCGUUAUUUCGUACAUCGUACAGGAAUGGAUCAAUGUUUUGGUAUUUAUAAUGCUGGGGGUCGUCAUGAUUACUCGGUUAUAUGCCAUGUAUGAACGAUCCAGAAAUAUCCUGAUAUUUCUCAGUGUCAUCUUCCUGGCUGACAACAUUUUCAAUGGAGUGGUCACUCUAAUGGUAACCCUACAUCUUUCAGGAGAGGAACUCAUUCUUUCUGGCACUCAUCAGUGCUCGAUUGACUUUGGAGACGAUGGCUUGCGUCUGGAUCUCAUUAUUUGGAUACUCGGAAGUGUGUGGGAGGUCCUCGCACUAUGUCUCGCAUUCUGGAUUGCUGUAAAACACUUCAGGGAAUUGCGACAAUAUUCGACAGGAAAUAUUACCGGGGACUGUUUCACGGUACUGCUGAAAUCUCACGUGGUCUACUUUGUGAGCUUUCUUGCUGUUUCUUGCUUCCAGCUCAUAUCUGACUUCUCUCAAGCACUCUCAACGGUAGACCAAAACUCCCUGAAAGCUCAGAUUUAUUCUGAAUUUCUUCAAAUUUUCUUAAUCGCGCAGAUUGGUGUGCUGGGACCACGCCUGAUUCUUAGUGUUCGAAAGUAUUACGCUGAGCUCGUGGCAGACUCCGAUGCGGCAACCGCCAUGACCUCGAUCGCUUUCCAAGAGCGUGUGCAUAUAUCGACUGGCAACAGUGUGUGAUGUUCGGUGAAGUUGACGGUUCUCUGGUACUCUCCAAGGAGCAG